AUGAGUUCCACGGCUUCCUCGGCCACCAGAACCGUCCUCGGCGGCGGCGGCGGCGGCGGCGGCGCUGGUCCGGCCUUAUCCAGCGGCUCCGGACUGCACUCCUUCGCCAUGGGCAGAGAUGGAGCUCCUGCCGGCCGUGGUGGCAGACCUCCCCUGCCACACAUAGACGACCUCACUUCUACCUCUCCUAAUAUCGAUAUGAACCUCCCUUUGCGCAAGAUCCUCGAGAUGGGCGACAACGCCAUGCGACAAGCCGAGACCUUUCGCGACUUCGGUCGACCCGAUAUGGCCUUUAAGGAGUAUAUCAAAGCCUCCUUGAUCGCUGUCAAAUACGUGCCCUUGCACACCGAGUCCGUCUCCGUCAAGGGCGGUCGCGGCGACUUGAAUCGCAUUUACACCGCUCUGAUGAAGAAGAUCGACUCCCAGCAUGGAAACUUCGAAAAGAUCAAGGCCGACAUCAUCGCCGAUAACCAUAGGACCGGUGUCAGACCCACGACAUCGAGGCCAUCCUCCAUCAGCAACGGAGAAGUCAUCCGACCACAGACGCCCCGAAGCCCGCCGGUAACGAGUCCCACCCGAGCCGAGGCUGGUACGCAAGUGAAUGGGUCGCCGGCAACCAAGCCAAAGCCGGCUGUACAACCAAAGCCUGUGUCAUUGCAUGGCAACGCCAUACGUCCUGGCGCUGGCGGCGCUGGUCUCCCCAAGAGCAAGGCUGCUGAGGAUUUGGCGGCCCGCUUCGCCAACCUGCGAGGCCCUGUUGCAUUACCAGGCCAGGAUCCGCGCAUACGAACGCACCCUAUUGUGCCUCCCAGACCGGCUGGGCCGAGAGCUAUGCCGGAGCCGCCUGAGAAACCCAGAGUGGCCGUGGUGACCAGUCUGCCGGAUCUGCCCAAGAUGCCAGAUGCCAUCUACAGCCCAGCUAGAGGGACUGUGUCCAAUGAAGCAGCUUCACUACCAUCCAGUACACCCCGGGGCCUGUUCAGCAGGACCGGCUCGUCCGCUGCUAUCAACACUGUUCUUGCCAACAAUAGCAACAACAAGUCUUCCGAAUACUUCGUUCCGUCUCACUCCGGCCCCAAUGCCUCUUCCACUACUUCCAGAGCCCCCAGCAUUACGAUACCCGAAGGCGACUCGAUUACGGCUGAAGAUCUAAUGAACUACAUCAAAAGGGGUUCCGCAAGCUUGCAGGUCUUGAUCAUUGACGUCCGGAGUCGGGAAGACUUUGACGAGGGCCAUAUCUUAUCACAGGCCGUCAUCUGCAUCGAACCCAGCAUUCUACUGCGUGAGAAUAUUUCAUCGGAGCAAAUAGCCGAGAGCAUGGUUCUCUCGCCCCCUCAAGAGUACCACCACUUCGAAAGGAGAGACGCCUUUGACCUAGUGAUUUUCCACGACCAAGACUCGGACUCUAUUCCCCGGUAUAUUUCACCUGACAUGGACGCCGCUGCGUUGCUGUCUCUGCAGCGCGCCUUGACAUACUUCAACUACGGGAAAGAGCUGAAGAACCCCCCGAAGCUGCUUCAGGGUGGCUUGGAUGCUUGGACUGAUCUCAUGGGUAGGGGCGCCCUCGCCACCUCGCAGACUGCAGGCGCCGUACGAGCGCCUAUGGCUCGUCCUUCUUUAAAGCCAACCAUCUCAAUCUCUAAGCCGACCAGAAAGUACAAGGUCACGCCGUUAAGGCCCGAAGAAGUCAAGCUUUGGGAGGAAACACUGCAGAAUGCCGAACUCGAGACGGCGCGAUCUCCUGGCUUCAUGCACGUUCGUAGUACGGAGGAGUUCUUGCGCAGGUUCCCUGCGGUAUCGACCGAACAAGAAUCCAUGCAGUCACCAGUCGGUGCGGAACAGUCGACUUACGGCUAUUCUCAAAAUCACGUCGAUCUCUAUUCCGACCUGCCAUCACCACCUACUAGGCCCGCCCCGGCAGUUCCGCGUCCAAGCUAUAGCGGUCUAUCACAGACCCAAGACGACCACGAGGGACCUGGCGCUGUCGCCUUCUCUGCCCAAGCCCGAAACCCGAAGCAAGGUCCUUUGGCCCGCCCUGAUUCUCCUUCGGUCACGAAUGUCAGCAAGGAUGGUUUGCGUAUCACAGGUCUUAACAACCCAGGUGUAUGGUGUUACGCGAACAGCUCUAUACAAGCCCUUCGAAUGUCACCCGGAUUCGGAAAGGACUUGGCCACGUUUGAAUGGCAAAACAUGUACAAGGUGCCAAAGAAGGCCGACGAGAAGAACGACCACCCCCAGUUGAUGUCUCGGAUCCUGUCCAAUUUGUUCCAUUGGUUGGAUUCUGGCAAGUUUGACGUCAUGAAAGCGCAGACACUUAUGGCGAGUAUUCUUUUUUCUUGCCAUUUGCACACAGUUGCUAACCAAUCCCAGGACUACUCUCGAUCAGUCUGUGAAAAGAGCCGUCAUAAGGACAGGGGUGACGAGUUUGGUGGCGGCCGACAACAGGAUGCACAUGAGUUCAUUUCAUGGCUCAUGGCUUAUCUUCACGAUGAAACGAACGUACGACGCGACCGCAGUAGCCCUGAGACACCGGCGCCCUCAAUGGGUGGCAAGUCAAUGCUCCAGGGCGCCUACGAAUGGUGGACGCAGUACCAAAAGAAGAACGCAUCUAUUGUCGAUAAAUACUGGCGCGGCAUAGAACUCUCGACUGUUGUAUGUGCACAGUGUAAGAACCGCACAUACACCUGGGACACCUUUGAUUUCCUCUCGAUACCUGUCAACCGGGACACCCGUACCCUCGAGGACUGCCUCAAAGCCCACCUCGAGCCUGAAAACAUAUCCGACUACCAAUGCGACAGUUGCAACACGAAGGGGCUCGGCAGGAAACAGGCUAGACUGGCGCGAAUGCCAGAGCUUUUCUGUCUAUGCCUAAAGCGCUUCACGGUCGAUAACCACGGAGCGGUAAAGAAGGAUUUGAGCAGGGUCACAUGGGACUUCAACAGCUUCAACGCCGACCAGUUCUUCAUCCCAGCAGAAGAGCGGGCCGCGGGGCCUGCGCCAGAUGACAAGUUUGAGCUUCCAUUCGACUACGAGUGUUACGCAGUCAUUAUCCAUUCGGGACCAAACAUCAACUCCGGCCACUACUACACCUAUGCCCGAGACACACACAACCCUGAUCCCACCGCCUGGUACAAAAUCAAUGAUUCCCAGGUGACAAGUAUCAGGAUCGACGGGACGGGGCGUUCCACUGAUUACAGUGAAAGAGUGUUCAAAAGCGGCGGCGAGGUACCGUACAUGAUCUUCUUCCGCCGAAAGGGUAGUCGGUUAGCGAGGUGA